CAUUACUCAGAUAUGGCUGCUGGAUCAGACCCUGAGUCAGUUGAAGCAAGCCCUGCUGUGAAUGAGAAAAACUACAACCACCACAGCUGUGGGAACGCACAGAGUCAUGGGUAUCAGGGACUGCCAUAUGCUGAUCACAACUAUGGCGCACCCCCUCCCCCCACCCCACCCGCCCCCCCGCUCUCCCCCCCCAUCCUUCCUCCCAUGCAGGCGGUACGCGGCUCUCGCUAUCACGGAACUACUGAGGACAACUCAGCUGACAGCGACAGCUCCUCAGAGGAGGACGGGGCCAUGGCCAACUGGUGUCACUGCAGCCUGAUGCCGGAUGGCCUGCUUAUUAAAUGUGACAACUGCAGGGGACUUGACAGGAGGAAAGGACCAGAAAGCCACCACAGGAAAACAGAAAAUGUCUCAGCCGGAGAAAGCAGCGCCACAGAGAGUGGUGAUGAAGAGGUGUCACCCUCCACCAUCUCCUACACCGCCACCCAGCAUACGCCCACCAGCAUCAAACUCACUGUCAAUCGAGUCAAAAGGAGUAAAUCCAAAAAGAGGAAGAAGAGCACGGACAAGGCCCGUGGAACACCAAAGGCCAAGAAAGUCAAGGCAUUCAGAGAGGGUUCUAGGAAGUCCAUGAGGAUGAAGAACUCAACAACGGAGGCCAGUGUGCUGGAUGAGAACACUGCAGAGGGAUGGGAAAGCAAGAUCCGUCAGUGGACAGACCAGUACGAAGAGGCUCUGGCCAACCAGUACAGCGCUGAUGUCCAGACUCUCUUGCAGCUUCACCGGGCUGCCUGUACCACAGUCUCAAAGAAUGAGAACUGCACCAACACACCUCCCUCCACCACACAAGUCCACGCAUCAGCUGACGCCAUGGACACCAUCAACCGCACUGAGCUGGCCUGUAACAACACAGUGCUAGGCUCACAGAUGCAGCUUCAGUUGGGACGGGUAACACGGGUGCAGAAACAUAGGAAGAUCCUCCGAGCAGCCAAGAACCUGGAACCAGACACGCUCAUAAUUGAAUAUCGGGGAAAGGUCAUGCUCAAACAACAGUUUGAAGUCAAUGGGCACUUCUUCAAAAAACCCUACCCUUUUGUGUUGUUUUACUCAAAAUUUAAUGAUGUAGAGAUGUGUGUGGAUGCACGAACUUUUGGAAAUGAUGCCCGCUUCAUCAGGAGGUCCUGCACACCCAAUGCUGAGGUUCGCCAUAUGAUUGCUGAGGGUAUGAUCCAUCUCUGCAUCUAUGCGGUCAGUCAAAUCACAAAAGAUGCUGAGGUCACCAUUGGAUUUGACUAUGAGUUCAAUAGCUGUAAUUACAAAGUGGACUGUGCCUGCCAUAAGGGCAACCAGAACUGCCCAGUGCAGAAGCACAACCUGAGCCCCAGGGAGGGUCUACUGAGUCCCCCCUCCCUGCGGCCUCCCUCUCCUCUGGUUGGUGCUGAGACCCGACGGAGAAAAGCCCGGAGGAGAGAGCUGGAGGGCUGCCUUGCCAGUGACGGCAACCAGACCCUCGAUCAGCACCAGGAGGCCAAAGAUCUGCAGGGAACAAGUGAUGCAGAGGAGAGACUGCUGGAUGAGGUGAAGGUGGAAGAGGGAGAGGUGGAUGAGAAUGGGGUCACUGUCUCCAGUAAAAGAGCUUUUAACAGCCUGGAAAAGAGGCGGAGGAGAGUGGGAGGAGCAGAGGUAAAAGAGGAGGGUGUGGAAACAGAGAAUGGGGCAGGAAACCCCACAGGGAGCACCCCCUUACCCCACAGCAGUGGAGUGGGAGUCAGCACACGACGUACCACCUAUGUGACGGAAGUGCCAUCUACUGAGGAAAAGACCUCAUUGCCCAGCCUGCCUGCCGCAGUUGCUCCCCCUAAACCUAUACGACCAACAAAGCCUCGACCCAAAAGUCGGAUCUCUCGCUACCGUUCAAGCUCAUCGCAGCGGGCCCGGCGACAGCGUCAAGCCCUUGCACAGCAGGCAGCAGCUGCUGCGUCUGCAGCAGUGGCAGCAAUACCAUCUUCAGCCGAGCAGGGGACUGCUCUGGACGAGGAGGGGUCUCACGGCCUAUGCAGUGCCGAACAUGGCCAUGGAGAGAGCAGUCUGGGGGGUCAUCUCCCAGAUGGAGAUGGUCAGGUUCUAAACUGUAUAAAUAGAGGCAACUUGCGCUACCCCAAGACUAAGAAGUACCUGGUGACAGAGUGGUUGAAUGACAAGAUCCCUGGAGGGGAGAAGGUCCACCAAGAGGUGUCUGUUGAGCGCCCGCUGCGGAUAACCACUGACCCCACGGUGCUGGCCACCACACUCAACAUGCUGCCGGGCCUCUCCCACUCAUCGUUUAUCUGCACCACGCCCAGACACUAUGUACGCUUCGGUUCCCCCUUCAAUCCAGAGAGACGCAGACCCCGCCCACUCCAAAUGGAUGGCACUUAUGGCUGCUUCAAAAAGAGAUGGAUAAAACAGGUGGAGGAUGAGAGCUGCUCAACCAGUGUGGAGGACGGAACAGAGUCCACCUCCUCCCAGCAAAGUACCAGCAGCAGAUCCACCCCGAACCCCUUGUCUAGUGAACUCAAUGCACCAUUUAAAAAGCGCCACUCCAAGUAUAUGGCAGAGAUGACACCAGCACCAUCGGACCACCUGCUUCGCUCACUGUCACCCAUCACACCGCCUCUCCCAGAGGACCCCCUCCACCUGCUGCUCCACACCUCCUCUGGUUCCCUGCUGCCCAAUGGACUAGCCUACUCCCCCAUGCCCUCACUGCCCGCCAGCCGCUGCAACACACCACUGCAAUUUGAAAACAUAUCAUCUCCUGAGGCAUCUCCUGUUCACCGGCCAGAGUCCAUCUCUCCAGAGCCAUGUCCUCAGACAGACUUUGAGGUCCCUCGGCCUCAGUUCCCUGACCUGUCACUCCCCUCAAGUUUGGAGAGCCCUGCGGCCAUGACCUCAGAUGACUUUUCCCUUCCUGGAGGCCCUUCAGGCCAUGAUUCCCAGGCUCCACCAUCUGGGGGGAUCAGUUCCCUAAACCCGUUGUCCUGUCCUUUAGACCUAAACCCCCAAAACAGAGAGCAGGCCUUCAGGACAGAGUUCAACCUCAUAUACACCUGCUCACCUCUCAAUGCAAACCUGGGGAACCCCGUGAUUACUGAUCGCCGCCUGUCCCAGUCAGAAGGAGGCUUUUCCCCUGCAGAGUCCUUCCACAGUUCCAUAAGUGGCCAGGGGCUGAUGGGAGAUGUGGGCCCUGGCUCCAUUUCACCCUACGGUGAGCCUCAAGGAGGAGGUUACCCAGGCAAUGGCACACCACCUCACACCAGCAAUCCACCACAAAAGAAGAAGGUGUCUUUGCUGGAAUACCGUAAGAGGAAGCAAGGUAGUGGUCGUGAUUUGGAGCCCACGGGCAGCACCCCCAUCCGGCCUGGCUCCCACUACAACCAGGACUCCCAUCAUCCCCAGUCCCAUCAACAGGUGCUGCCUUCGGCCUCCCCGCACAGCAACUUCUCUUCCUCAGCACACACCACCUCUGUGCCCCAGAUAGAGGAGGUCAGUCCUCCAGAGCACCCGAGCCUAUCAGUGCAGUCCAGACGCCAGGACAGUAACAAUCAGUGGAUGGUACCCACUACAGUUGAACUUCUGAGGGAAGGCCAGGUUCUGGAGCGAGUGCGGAGAAGUAUCAAGAUGGAUAGGGUUUACAAGAGGAGUGACACCUCCACAGACAAGGAAUCUGAUUUGGAUCGAUAUGAGUUGCAGGCAGCUUCCAUGGCUUCCCCCAUGAAGAGUCCACACAGAUACAGUCCCUCUGUGUACUCAUACCAGCCAUCAGAAAGCCCAUCAUUCCGCCAGCAGACCUCCAGUUCUCCAUUCCGGGGUUCCUACAGUCCCUCAUCAGGCCAGAGCUUCUACCCGCGCCUUUCCUCCUCGCACUCGGGACUGUCCCAGGACCACUCUCCAUCCUCACACCCAAGUCACACGCCCACCUCAUCCUCAGACUCCAGGCCACCAGUGGGGUCUCCACACCAGCACAGUGACAGCAGUAAUGUGGACAGAGGUUAUGGCAGCUGUCACUUAAAGGCAAGUCUUUUGAAGAGUGGUGGCUUGGCAGGGGCUUCUAGCCCGGUGUCUAAGGCCCAUGGGCAGACUAAGGUAGACUUGGGCACCCAGACCUCCAGAGGGAGUCAGCAGCAGGCGUCUCGCAGCCUGAAGCCAGGCAGCCCGGGACAGGCGGCGCUGCAGGCCAGCUCCAGGCUGCUAUCGGCCUCUGGACCAACACACUACCCACAGCGAGGGACAGGCCUCAGUCAGUUCCAGCACUCCCCCCUCCAGGGACCCGGAGUAAGGACACAGUCAGGAAGCUUUUAGGACCUUGUUCCAGUGUGUGUUUAUGUGUGCGUGUGAGUGUGUAUGAAGGUGCAUACCUCCUCGGCCUCUAAAGCUCCAGUGAACAGGGCCUCAGUGAGUCUGGGGAGGGGAAAUGUACAGACUUAGGAGGAGCGAGGACUUCUUUACGGAUUUCUUCUUUUCUUAUUUUCGGUCUUUUUUUUUCUUUUCUUUUCUUCAUUUUUAGGUUAAAAAAACUGACCACAUUCUACACAAAGCUGAUCACUGACUUUGGACAUUUUUAUGGAAUCAGUGGAAAAAAACAGUUUGGAUGACACAUUCAGGAACAAAAAAACAAGAAUUCACAUGUAACUUGAAAUUGUCCUCAGUGUUUUCCUCAUGUGCCGGACUGUGCAAACAGACUGUAACAUCGGAAAGUAAAAACUUUCGCACAAAUGUCUGUACAAAGUUAUAAAAAGCUGUACCUGUUGUCAUGGUUUCCAAGUUGGAUAGAUGCUCAGAUGCAUAUGUAACUGAAAGUAAGUUGUUAUAUAUUUUUAAAAUGUUUUGUCAGCGUUACUUUUUUGAUUUGGCGAGUGGCCGAGUUUGAGCUGCAGUAAAGCGGGUGUUUGAUUUGAAAGAGCAAAUAAUGCAAGCCAAGGUGACGCGUUAAUCAUCCGUUACAAAGAUGCAUUGUAGAGGCAGGGAGGAGGGGCUCUCCCUGGAUAGGAUCAUUCCAUAUGAUUGCCACCUUCUGUGUUCUCUCAGUAAACAUGAGACUGGCCCUUGGUUUCUUCAGGUUUCUCUGUCUGUUCCAGUGUUCUGUUGUUCUCUGCACUUCUCUCAUCCCCACUGGACUGGUUUGAUUUCACUUUAGGACUACUUCACUGUAGACUUCUGACAUUGUACUUGAGACAUACAGGUCUUAUGAUCCAUGGUGCUGCAUUCUUGUUUUUGUUCCCUCCGCAAAUAAAUUUGAAAUCGUUAAGUUCCCCAAAUAUGGGUGCA